UUUAGCUAAAACUGGCCCACUUUUCUAGCUCUCAUCCUCCUAUAAAUUCCACCUACUUCUCACACCACUUUCUCCUAUCAUCUCAACCUCUCAUCAAUAUUCUCAACAUAUACUCUUCAAGUGUAAAUUGCAGUCAUGUUUCUCAGUGAGACCAGGGAAGUCCCCUAUCAAGCCCCUGAAAACCAAAUCCUAUCACAAUCUAUCUUUGGCUUUCUACAGAGUGACAUCCCAAACCUCCAUCUAAAUACUCUCUUAAACCAGUUGCCGAACUCUUUCUUCCAUUAUGCAAGCCAUCAAUCUUCCCCUCCUUCUUCACACUUCCCCAACAGCAACUCAACUUCUGAUGAAGCAGAUGAGUACCAGCUCAACAAAAUUGACAUUGAAAGAAAACAGCGGCGAAUGAUAUCGAACAGAGAAUCAGCCCGCAGAUCAAGGUUGAGGAAGCAGAAGCACUUAGAUGAACUUUGGUCACAGGUGGUUAGACUCAGGACUGAGAACCACAACCUUAUUGACAAACUGAACCAUGUAACUGAGUCCCAUGACAGGAUUCUUCAAGAAAAUGCACGCCUGAAGGAAGAAGCUUCUGAUCUAUGCUUGCUUCUUGCAGACCUCCAAUUUGGCACUUCUUUUAGUAGUACCAUGAGAGAUUUUGAUGAAGAUUUGUGCAAUAUUCCACAACUCAGUGAUGAUGAGUCCUCAAAACAAUCACUAGACAUGCUGUUAAAAUGAGGCUAUAUAUUCAACAUAAUAAAGGACACACUAUACUUUGUUGCUUCUUACUUUAAUUAUUAUCCAGCAUUGGAGCUGAAUGAGUAUAGAAACAAUGUCUAAUAACAGCCAGAUACAUUUAUUUCUUGGUUUCGUUAGGAUCAAAAAAAUUAUGGGCCAUGUAGUACUUUACAACAUAGUUACGUUUAGGACUAUACUGCA